ACAAAUAGGACACGGUUCUCCAAAUCCAGGCAGUCCCAACCUGACCUCCGAGCACAGAGGAGCCUCCUCACUGGGAACUCGGGAGAGAGAGAGAAAAAAAAGAGAAAGAGAGAGAGAGAAACACAAAAAAGAAAAGAAAAAAGAGAAAAGAAGCGACAAAAACUUUGUGUCAUAAUUUUUUGGCGGGUGUUUUUACACUGUAGCCCCCACCCCCCUUCCCCUCCUCCCUCCCCAUCAUCAUCACUUCCACACCGGUUUUGUCGCAUCAUUUGGACUAUACUUUUUUUUUUUUUUUUUUUUUCUCUUGGACUUUCACGGGAAGCAGAAGGGAGAAAAAAGUGGUGCACCACGACCACUUUUCCUGUCCCACCCAUGCUGUAGUUUUUCUUCCAUUUUUUUUUCUUCCUUCCUCCUCCUUGCAGUUGUGUUUGCACCGAGGACGGUGGUGUGCAGCUCCGGGACCCCCAGCCUCUGCCUGCAGAGCCCCCACUCGGAUGCGCUGAGGGGCGGCGGGCGCGGCGCUGCGGUAGUGUACGGUAUAUGGAAGUUGUGGGCUGCAAGACUGAGGCAGGCACUUGCACGUUGCGUCCAGGACCUCCGGGAGCCAUGCUUUUCCACGGGAUCUCCGGGGAUCACAUCCAGGGGAUCAUGGAGGAGAUGGAGAGGAGGUCGAAGACGGAGUCGCGCCUGUCGAAGGGCAUGCAGCUCAACGGGAGAGAGUCGACCAUGCCCUCCAUGAGCCCGGAGAAGCCUGCUCUGUGCGCCGGCUGCGGCGGCAAGAUCUCGGACAGAUACUACCUGCUGGCCGUGGACAAGCAGUGGCACCUGCGCUGCCUCAAAUGCUGUGAAUGUAAACUCGCGCUGGAGUCGGAGCUAACGUGUUUUGCCAAGGAUGGGAGUAUCUACUGCAAGGAGGAUUACUACAGGUUCUCCGUGCAGAGGUGCGCACGCUGCCACCUCGGGAUUUCGGCCUCGGAGAUGGUGAUGCGGGCGCGCGACUCCGUGUACCACCUGAGCUGCUUCACCUGCACCACCUGCAACAAGACCCUGACCACGGGGGACCACUUCGGCAUGAAGGACAGCCUGGUGUACUGCCGGCUGCACUUCGAGACGCUGGUGCAGGGCCCGGACUACCACCCGCAGAUCAACUUCGCCGAGCUGGCGGCCAAGGGCGGCGGCCUCAGCCUGCCCUACUUCAACGGCACCGGCACGGCGCAGAAGGGCCGGCCGAGGAAGAGGAAGAGCCCGGCCAUGGGAAUAGAUAUACCCAGCUACAACACAGGCUGCAACGAGAACGACACUGACCACUUGGACCGGGACCAGCAGUCCUACCCUCCAACGCAGAAGACCAAACGCAUGCGCACGUCCUUUAAGCACCAUCAGCUGCGGACAAUGAAAUCCUAUUUUGCCAUCAACCACAACCCAGACGCCAAGGACUUAAAGCAGCUGGCCCAGAAAACAGGUCUCACUAAGAGAGUGCUACAGGUUUGGUUCCAAAACGCAAGAGCCAAAUUCAGAAGGAACGUUUUGCGACAGGAGAAUGGAGGUGUUGAUAAGGCUGAUGGCACCUCACUCCCUGCGCCCUCGUCCGACAGUGGGGCCCUGACCCCCCCCUCCAGCGCGGCCACACUAACAGACCUGACAAACCCCUCUAUCACUGUAGUGACCUCCGUCACCUCUAGUUUGGACAGCCAUGAUUCGGGGAGCCCUUCGCAAACUACCUUGACAAACCUUUUCUAACAAGCUAUCUCUAGAAAAAGACUGAUUGUUAUUUGAUCUGAUUUCAUUUGCCUCUUUUUUUUUCUUUUUUUUCCCCCCUCUUUUAUGUUCUUUCCUCAAUUGACAUUUUUAUUUUUUUAAGUGACACCUUUAAAAUCAACCAGAGACAGCUCCUUGGAACAGAAAGUGCUGUACUGUGUACACAAACAGAAACAAGAACAAGAGCAGCAACAGCAGCAACCACUUUUUAAAAAACACGAGGAAAUCCUUCUAAUGUGUAGCAUCUGAAACUGCACGGCACGUGCAGAGAUUGAAUUUUUCUUCUUUUUUUUUUUUUGGAUUCUUGGACAUUCUUGGAUUCGAAGAGAAAAGAAAAUUAACGUGGAUUUGACCUUUCAUUGGAAAGAACAAAACGUAACUUAAAAAAACUUGUGGGAAAACUAGACAUUUGUUCCUGAUUUGACUUUAUUUGUACAUUUGUAUGGAAAUAUGAUUAAAAAAAAAGAAAAAAAAAGGAAAAAGAAAUAAGAGCCCUUCUUAAUUUGUGGUUAAUUGGUUAAAAUUUUUAAAAUAAUAUCAGAAACCUGUGUAUGUCUGCACUGUGUUCGCACUAUCCGAUUUAAAGACUUUGUUUUUUCCGGCUUUGGAAUAAUUUGGGAAAUAAAACGUGUCGAAUGUUCUGUACAUGGGUAACUCCAGAAAAAAACAGGCUUUAAUUAUCUCCGAAUGUUUGGUGGAAUCAGACGUUGAGCUACAUGUAAAACCUCCAAAAUGACGUUGUUUAGUCGCCGCUGCAGCUUAUAGAGAAGCUAAAACCGCCAACAACCUAACUGUGAUGUAGAGAAAGAAUUAAACCCAAAACUCUGUACAGUGGUAACUGUUUUAACAUGUCACACAUUGAUAGACAUUGAUUUAUAAUUAGAAACUAGCAUUAAAAAAUUCAGAUCAGAGAGCAGUUUAUGGGCACUGUUGUAAUCGAUUGUCGCCAUGACAGAGCACCUUUUUUUUGUGUCGUUUUUUGUUUAUUUUGUAGGCCUCAUAGAUGAACCACAGUCAAAUAGACGAACCUAGUACACAUAUCCAUAGAUCCACAGCAAAAUUCAAUUGCACAGUGACAAUAUACUGCCCAGAGAAAAGUGCAUUAUUGUUCUUAUCAUGUUGCUCAGGGUAAUGAUGUGAUUUUAAAAAAACAAGAAAAAAAAGAGAAAAAAGGGAAGUAAAAGUAGAGGGGAGAGAAAUGAAGUGGUUGCGACGCUGCAGACUAGAUGUGUAGAGCCGACACCGACAGUCAGAUGACCUCAGAUGGGUGGAGACGCGAGAGGCAGCCAGUGGGAAAUCAUCGUCCAUGUGUUCUCCUGUUUGACCAUACUUACACUUUCUUUACUGACACUUGCCACUGAACAGACCAAAAACAUGUUUCUUCUGGCUGAAAGAUAGAGAGAUAGGGAGAUAGAGAGAGAGAGAGAGGAAAAAAAAGACAGAGCGAGGAAAUCUUCAAUGGAGUCGAUACGUUUCAUUGUGAGCGUCACAAUUUGUUCUACUGUAGAACAAAGUGGUUCUCUCGAUCUACUUAGUGAAGUAGACGCCUAAACUCAGUUCUACGACGUGCCUUAUGCUAUAACUUGGGAGAAAGUUUGUGAAAUUCAGGAUAUUAUGUGUUCUUUGUUAACUGAUUCACAUCCUUUUUGGCGCCUCACUAGUUUUGUACUGUUUUGCAUCUUAUUUCCGAAGAUCUUUUUAUGGUGUAUUCUGUUAAAAUGGGGGCAGCGAUGUCAUAGAAAGCAUUUGUGCACUCUUUCAGAUAUAGUUGGGUAAUCCAAGAACCUUAUAUAUUGAUCUUCGUGUUAAUAGUUGAGUACAGUAAGUGUUCUAUCAAGAUUGUCCAUGUUUCCCUGUUUCUUGAUAAAGAUGGUGUAUAGAAACUAUUUCCCCUUAAAUAUUUAUGGACCAAACGGUUGUUAUAUAUCUUAUUAAAUUUGUGUGAAUAAAAAAAUACUUUGCUUUAAAUGGGUUUUAUAUUUUCAUUACACUUGCCAUUUUAUGUUCUUUCUCGAAUACAGUUUUUCGUUUAUCACAUCAACAGACAAGAGAGCAUCCAGUUAUCAAUGACCAGUUAAACGUCUUCAUUUUUGCCUCCAUUUUUAAUUUCUAUUUCCUAAUUUAUACUGUUUAUGGUUUUUAGCGUAAUGCCCCAUGGAUUUGCAUCUAAACCCUGCAGUCAAAAACAUGAAAUUGCUUUUAAUGCAUGAACAUGGCUUUAAAUUUUAAAUAAAAGGAAUGCUGCAAAGCAUAUAUUGAUUUAUAUCCAUAUACGUAUAUAGUAUAUAUUUAUGCAUAACAUAUUGGUAAACCUAAAAAGUAAGAGAAAAUGCAGACCCCAUAAAGCCCGGUUGCUCUGUAGUUAAUAUAUUCUUACUCUAUCGUUUC